CUUUCUGUUUCGUCUAGCGAGACUUACGAGUUACCUUGGUUUAAUAUAUGUAAACAAGGAAGCGCUUUUUUAUGUGUCAAGACAAGGAAAAGUACAAAUGACAGGACUGGUUUAAUUAAGCAUAAGUAUGAUAUAUUUAAAAGAGUAAUCACUGAAAACAGAAGAAAGGGUACUGAAACAGACGCAUUCGUCAGACGGCAGACGUGGAGUGUCAAACUGCUGCACUGCACAAACAAAGCAAAAUGACGAGGACCAUGUUCGGGAAACCGUCUGGCUACCAGGCUCUGCCACAGCGCGACAGCGUGUUUCAGUCUAACGCCGGGCUUUAUGUAUCUGCUGAGAAUUUCAUCCAGUACAGCCAUGCAGGCCAUUCAUUCGAUUAUGUCCCAAAAAUCACUGAGAACGAUUUUACAGACAGAUCACAAGGCUGGGUGUCUUGGAUGUGCCACAUGAUCAUCAUAUUUCUUGUAUUCCUGUUUACCUUCAUAACUUUCCCUGUGUCAGGUUGGUUCAUACUCAAGGUUGUCCCCAAUUAUGAGAGGAUCGUUGUAUUUCGACUGGGCAGGAUUCGCCCCCCAAAGGGACCUGGAGUUGUUUUGGUCCUGCCAUUUAUUGAUCUGUGGCAGAAGGUAGACCUCCGGACAAAAGCGUUCAAUAUCCCACCUUGCAAGGUGACAACCAAAGAUGGCGGAGUGAUCUCCAUUGGCGCAGAUAUCCAGUUCCGCAUCUGGAAUCCUGUGAUGUCAGUAGUGGCAGUCCAGGACAUAAACACUUCAACCAGGCUCACUGCACAGAAUGCCAUGACCCACAAUCUCAUUAAAAAAAGCCUGAGAGAGAUUCAGAUGGAAAAGAACAGGCUGGGGGAGAAGUUAGGGGUGGAGAUCAAUGACAAGACCCGGCCCUGGGGGCUGGAGGUGGACCGUGUGGAGCUGACUUUAGAGUCUGUGUUGAAGCCUCCUGAUGACUCGUUCUCUGGGCCCCUGAUUAUGCCACCCUCUAUCCCCGGAUUGGAGGGGCUCAGCGGGCCCAUCCAGCAGCUGGCCAUGCAUUUUCUUGGCAAUGGCAGUGGCGGCAAUGGCAGCAGCUCAGAAACUUGUCAUAGCAAAGGAGACAGUGUUUCCAUGGUGAAUGAGAAAGUUCCUGCUACCCCGCUGGCUGAGGCACGCCUGAGUGCCGAUGAGCUCCUGUCUGCUGUGGAGCUGCUGCUCUCUGAGAAGCUGGUUAGCCAGGUGGGAGCGUGCUUCCAGUUCCACAUCGCUCUUCGCAACGGAACUUACAAGACAUAUUUUGUUGACCUAAGCAAGGGUGCUGGUAAAGCUGGCCAUGGAAUACCCGAUCAGAACCCUGAUGUUGUGUUUCAAAUGACAGAGGAGGAUCUCCUGGCAAUGUUCGAGGGCACCCUUCGACCAUUUGGGGCCUAUACCAGUGGGCAGCUGAAGCUCCAUGGAGACCUGAAAACUGCCAUGAAGCUUGAGGAAGUCAUUAAAGUGAUGAGGCAGCAGUGAUUCCUUCAUCAAGAUGUGAGCAGAUUACUGAAGAAAGCAACCCCACAUCAUUAUUUCAAACAAUUUCGAAAUCGAGAAUUGCAGUUUCUGGCUGCUAUGUAAAGCAGUUUCUCACACUGAUGGUAUCUGAGGUGGAGCUGAUUUGGUUGGAGAAUAAUAACAGGGUUGUGUUGUCACUGUGUUUUGAGCAAAGGGUUUGGAGUAAGGGUAUCCUGGUUUGGAUCCUGCCUUGACCAUUCAUUUUGCUGGUGUGUGAUGGUGCGUCCUUUGUCCUCCUACCUACCCUAUCUGAAAAUGUUUUUUUCAAUUUAAGAAUUUCUUCUGUAUUUUUGUUUUGUCCCUGGUGACAGGUUUAUAGUGGAGGCAUGUGAACAUGUUUUACUCUGAUACUUUGAACUGCAAAUUGCACUGAAACCUCUUUUAGGUAUUCCCAAGCACACAUUCUUAAGGGUUCUGAAUCUAGGUCAUGGUGACUGCAGUCUAUCCUCUAAUUAGUGUGAAAAUGAAGGUUAAGUCUUAAUAACCAGCUGUCCAACUUGAAUUAAACUUUGCAUUAAUAUUACCUACAGAAAGUUAUUGAUUAUACUGUAUGUCAUAAAGACCCUACUUUUACAUGACAGCUGAUACCUAAAAUUACCAGAACUAAUGAAACAAUAUCCUGGGAAGCAGUUGCCUGUUUUCAGAAAUCUCUGCAUGAGUCAGAUCAGUGGGUCCUGAAAUGGUUGUUUAUCUCUUCAUCAGGGUUGUGUAUGUUACUUACAGACUUUGUCGAUUCUUGGUCCUCAAUUUGAGUUCAAUUUGGUAGCACAAAUUCUAAUCAAGAAAUCUGCCACUGGGGCAAGAUACAGUGCUUGUCUUGUGUGAUUUUUGUACUGCUUUUGUGAUAUAUUUGGGAUUAUUUAUAAAGCAGUUUAUUAUACACUCCAUAACACAUGGUGUGUGUGUAGUGGCUCAUUAUCAUCAGUAGAUGGCAGUUAAACCGUUUGCAAUGUGGAACAGGGUUGUGUUCUGACCUUCUGUCUGUCCCUAUGUCACAUUUUAUGUUUUCAUGUACAUGUGGUGUAUGCAGGUCAGUGAUGUGUGCAACAAGGCAGGGAGGAGGGUUAAUAUCCUCCCUGCCACAAACUUGUAUUUGUUUGUUUAUUUUGAUUAUUGUUGAAUUAUGAUUUAUUAGUUAAUUAUCACCUGCACUUGGCUAUUUUUGUAAAUUAGAGCCAGGUGUAGGGUAUUUAAAGCAAGCAGCCAGUCUGCUCGAGGCUGCAUUUGUGUGAAGGAGCCUGACUGAAUGAGUGCUCAAUUGUAUGAGAAAAAGGUAUUGUGUGAAGCCUUUUUGUGACAUGUUAAAAUCUGUGUUUUUGUUUUGUUUUGUAGCCAGUAAACAGCGUAGCUGUCCGGUUAUAGUUAGGUUCCUGAUGUGUGUAGUGAGCGCUCCAAAAACGGAGUUAGGUUUUUGUUUUAUUAAAAAUAGCGUGUCGGCGCUUUUAAAAUCUCAA